AUGCUGCAGCACAAACAAAUCCAGCUGCAGGCCCAGGCCCAGGGCUGGGGGGCCCCAGGCAGCAGGGGGGCCCCCCGCAGCAGCAGACUGGAAUAUGUGUGGGUGCAGCAGCAGCAGCAGCAGCAGCAGCAGGGAAACGUGGCAGCAGCAGCAAGCAGCAGCAAGCAGCAUCAGCAGCGGCGGCAGCAGCAACAGCAAGCUGGAACAGCAGCAGCAGCAACAGCACGCUGGAACAGCAGCAGCAGCUGCUGUGGCAGCAGCAGCAAACAGCAGCAGCAGCAGCAGCAGCAGCACGCUGCUGCUGCGCUUGCUAGCCCGAGCUCAGCAGCAAAAGGCGGCGACGGCUCGACGCAGCAGCGAGCGCCUCCGUUCUCCUUUCCCUUUUUAAAAGCCCUGGCAGCUUCGAAAGUGGCGCUCUAUCGGCGGCGAAGUUUUUCGCUUCGAUUUAUUCCCACGCGUUCAGCGCUUUGCCGCUUCGCCCCAGUUUUCCACUGGACCCGCAGCACGCAGCAGCAGCAGCAGCAGCAGCGGCAGCAGCAGCAGCAGAAGGGGCAGCAGGAGGAGGAGGAGGAGCAGCAGCAGCAGGAGUGCUGGGGCUGUGCUGGAGCCGUGCAGGCGGUGGCUGCUGCUGCUGCUGCAGCGGCAGUUGCUGCUGCGCCGGAAGACAGCAAGGCAACAGCGGCUGCUGCUGCUGCUGCUAUUGCUGCUGAGAUUCAGCAGCUGGAAGCAGCAAUUGCUGCUGCUUGUCAGCAAAAAGACGCAGCAGAACUCCAAGAUAUCAUCUACGCCCGCAAGGCCCUAGCAACAGACUCCACAGCAGCAGCAGCAACAACAACGGCAGCAAGCCCUCCAGAAGCAACAGAUUCUGCUGAUGUUGCUGCCGCUGCUGCUGCUGCAGCUGCUGCUGCUGACGGACGCCGCCCACUGCCUGUGCGAGCGGCGGCGGAGACAGGAGGCUCAAGGACGAGGCGCGGACGAAACGCCAGCAGCAGCAGCAGCAACAGCAGCAGCAGCAGCAGCAAUAGUAGUCCCGCCAGCAGCAACUGCAGCCCUAGCAACAGGAGCAGCAGCGGCUGCAGCAGCAAGUCAACGAAAUACGUUUCUGGGUGGUGCAGCCCUGCUGCUGCACCCCCGGCAGCAGCAGCAGCAACAGCAGCAACAGCAACAGCAGCAGCAACCGCGGCAACAGCAGACUGUAGCCAGCUGCUGCGGCCCUCUGACUGGAAGUCUCUUUUGGAAACAAGAAGUGUCGGCAGCCGCUCACCUCGCCGCAGCAACAUGAUCAGCAGCAGCAGCAGCAACAACUGCAGCAGCAGCAGCCGCAACAGCAGCAGCAGCAGCAGCAAAGUCGUAGCAGCGCCUGUGUGUCUGGUUAAGAGGGAGCAGCCAAGUUGCAGUGGAGACCUGAAGGAAAUCGGAAAAGAAGCAGCAAACGAGAAAGGCGGCGAUACAAAUGCUGCUGCUGCUGCUACUGCUGCUGUUGCUGUUGCUGCAGGAGACAGAGGCGUCGCCGAGGGCCGUAGCCGCAGCAGCAGCAGCGGCGUCAAUAGAGGCAGAAGCUCGCCUACAGCUGCCCAAGCAGCAAUCCGUACCCGCAGCAGCACAGCAGCAGCAGCAGCAGCAGCAGCAGCAAGGCCUCAGAGCCAAAUGAUCCGCAAAAGGGUGUCGAGUCGCCCGAAGGGGUUAGCAGCAACAGCAGCACCUGCAGCAGCUUCUGCAGGGGAAACAACAGCAACAGCAGCAGCAAAAUCAGCAGCAGUUCCGGCACCCGAAGCAGCGGUAGAGGCAACAGCACCUGCAGCAGCAGCAGCAGCAGCAGCAGCAGAGCCAAAAGACGCGCUGUACUUCGCCAAGGAGUUCCAGAGGGUCACAAAAAUGUACGAAGAGCUUAUGAAAAGCGUCAGUGCGAGUGACCUUUGUUGCAGCGUAGAGCAGCAGCAGCAGCAGCAGCAGCAGCAUGAGGCUCAAGAAGAGCAGCAGCACCAGCACCAGCAGCGUUACCAGUCGCAAGAAGAGCAGCAGCAGCAGCAGCAGCAGCAUGGGGCUCAAGAAGAGCAACAGCAGUGCCAGCAGCAGCUCCCAAGCUCGCCUGUGGUUAGGGGAGCAGCAGGCGGGUCUCUCUAG